GCUAAAAGUGCAGCUUUCCAUAUAUACAUACACAUCCCGUUCCCCACAGAGAGCGUGUAAUUUAUGAACACUUCAUAGCACUGGUAGUCUAUGAAAAGAGUGAUAAAUAGUAAUAAAUAGUUAUAAUUCUCGAGAAAACAAUUACAUUUCAAUUGAAAUAUUCAUUUCAUUUCCAAUUAAUUGCUAUUCAUAUCGACAGUAGUGUUGACAGCAAUUCAAUUGAUAUAUGCAUUGGUCUUACAGUUAACACACGACUGCUAUCUUCAUAUCACAACUCAAUUGUAUUUUUUGUGUUCAAAUUGUUUGUCAUUUUAGUGUUUAUUGGAAAUUGCAUUGAAACCCAAGAAUUUGUGACCAAACGGGGUAUCAAUUGAUUAGUGGAUGACUGGUGUAUAGAGUAUUGAAUCAUAUGGUGGACAGAAAUGCAGAGAUUAUGACCGAAUACAAGCUGGUCGUUGUCGGCGCCGGAGGCGUUGGCAAAAGUGCCUUAACUAUACAAUUGAUUCAGAAUCACUUUGUUGAUGAAUACGACCCGACUAUAGAGGACUCGUAUAGGAAACAAGUGGUGAUCGACGGCGAGACAUGUCUUCUCGAUAUACUGGACACCGCCGGACAAGAGGAGUACAGCGCAAUGAGAGACCAAUACAUGCGAACCGGAGAGGGAUUCCUAUUAGUGUUUGCCGUAAACAAUGCCAAGUCUUUUGAAGACAUCUCUAUGUAUAGGGAACAGAUAAAGCGCGUGAAAGACGCGGACGACGUGCCGAUGGUAUUAGUGGGCAAUAAGUGCGAUCUGCCGACCCGUGCGGUCGACAUGAGGGCCGCCAACGAAGUGGCCAAGAAUUAUGGCAUUCCCUUCGUCGAGACGUCGGCCAAGACCCGGAUGGGAGUGGACGACGCCUUCUAUACGUUAGUCCGAGAAAUACGCAAAGAUAGGGACCGUAAGGGAAAGGACAAGAAGAAGCAUCAGGGAAGCAAACGCAAGAAGAAGUGCAUCAUAUAGAAUGGGAUCUUAAAACAGGAGUUCAUGAGUGUGUUUAGGGGACAACUCAUGAAAUGGGAUUAUGGCAAACAAGUCCAACACAAGCCUAAGAAUCGUUACGGAAAUCUAUUGCCUUACGACCACUCGAGGGUUGUCCUCGACAUCAUUGACGGCGACUCUAACACCGAUUAUAUUAAUGCAAACUUUGUCGACGGCUAUAAGUGCAACAAUCGCUAUGUGGCCACUCAGGGACCCCUUCCCUCCACUAUUAAUGAUAUGUGGAGAAUGAUCUGGCAGUUGGACAGUCAUCAAAUUGUGAUGCUUACUAGUCUUGAUGAGGGAGGAAAGAAUAAGUGUGACAAGUAUUGGACGGAACAGGUGACCACUUAUGGCAAUAUUAAACUGACCUUGACCAAAACUGAGAUUUUUGCCGAUUAUAUCAUUCGCUCGUUUUCUGCUGAAAAGGAUGGAGUUGUGCGAGAAAUAGUCCAGUACCAUUUUAUCUCAUGGCCAGAUCAUACCGUUCCCAUGUAUUCCUGUUCUUUGCUGACAUUCAUACGAAGAAUGCGAUCGUCAGUGCACUACAAGCCCUCACAGCCUAUUGUAGUUCACUGCUCGGCGGGUGUCGGUCGCACCGGUACUUUCAUAUUGAUUGACGCUAUGCUGGAAAUGGCACAAAACGAGAAACAAAUCGAUGUGUUGAAGCACUUCUGUGUAAUCAGACAACAGCGGAUCAAUUUGGUGGAGAAGUUGGGUCAGUAUGUGUUUGUACACCAGGCGCUCCUGGAGGCCCUAUCACACGAGCCCACAAGCAUUGCAUGCAAUGACUUUCAUAACUACUUCACUAAACUGAUUAAUUACGACAAUAACAAUAAAUCGUUGCCUCUAUUGAAACAAUUUCAGAUUCUUAACAAACUAUCGCCACAAGUGAUGAGCCCGGAGUUGUGUCAAAGUGCGAGAGCACAUCCGCAUCUCAAUAGAAACCAAGACAUAAUACCCCCCGACUUCGCGCGGGUUAUCCUCCCGGGAAGUGAUGACUAUAUAAAUGCCGUUUACAUCAAUGGUUACAAACGACGCGACGCUUAUAUCGUAACUCAAGUACCGUUAGAGUCGAGUCGAUCCCACUUCUGGCAGAUGAUAGCAUCGACUUCAACCAAAACCAUUGUUCUGCUCAAUGAUAUCAAACAUGACAACCAAAUUUAUUGGCCGACAAUGAGUAACAAACAGUUGGACUUCUCCGACAACAAACAGACUGUUCAGUUGAUCAGCGAAGAAAAUCACAACAAUAUGACGAUUCGUGUGUUUCAUUUGCCACAGAAUGACACAACUGUUAAACAGUUUCAUCUGAAGGGCUGGCCAUCGAUGGUGAACAAGCCCUCAUCGGCGCAGAUAGUCAUCGAUUUGAUGGAAAUGAUGGAAUCGUGGAAUCUUCAGUCCAACGCUAAUAGUAUUGUCGUCCAGUGUUUCGAUGGCAAUCAAGCGAGUGGUGUCUUCUGUGCGACCAGUUUUGAAUGCGACCGCAUUAAAGAGGAACAGGAGGUCGACGUAUUCCUGGCGGUGCAGACCGUGCGCACCAAUAGACCCCAAUUCAUCACUGAUUUGAAGGCGUCGUCCACUCCCAUCCGGGUCUUGGUAUUGUAUUACUAUCUCUUGGUCAUUGAGGUGGAACUGGUUCGUGUGGGCACUAUUAAGGUGGAUGUGUCCCACUGUUCCCGUGAAUUCUUUAGGAAGCAUAGGGUGUGGUUAGUGGCCUAUAAGAUCACUAAAGACAUUUCCAGCAGAGAUGAUGACAUCAAAGACUCAAUCAGAAGUUGGUUUAAAGCUCCGACACCAGAUAUAGUGAACAAAUAUAGGAAACAAAUGAACACAACGACCGUAAUCUUUGAUGGAUUGGAACCCAAAUUUAAAUACAAAUUAGGAAUAGUAUUAGGGAAUGAACAAGGUGAUAUAGAUUUGUAUGAGAUUUAUCUUGAUAAAAAUGUGACAAGUGUCGACUCAAAAGUAUCCGAUUUGGAACUAAUACUCAUAAUAGUGUUGGCAAUACUUCUAUUCAUAACGUUUAUACUUUUGGGUAUCUUGUUGUAU